CAGGCAAACAACUCAGACAAUUGAAGAAGCGAACAGCAGUCAGAACUCUUUUAGCCACCAAACGUUAGGAGACGUACAACUGAUCAGAAGAGCUGAAAAUUUUGAGGUAAGAAAAUAAAACUUUUAAAUAACAAGAAUGAUAUGGAAGUGAGAGGUGAUUUUUCCUACAUUAUUUUUUAGUUAUUUCAGUGAUGUUCAUACUAUGAUCAUGACCAGCGUUCGUGCAAUAUUCCUGUUUAUUUCGGCAUCACUUUCAGUUCAUGUAAAAUAUUCAUGUGUUAUGUACAUAUUAUAUUAUAUUGUGAAGAGAGAGCGUCCGUUGUCCUCUCAUCCACUAAUCCCUCUCUCCUUCCAUCCUUCCUCCCUUCCUUAGUUUCAGCGGUUGAAAGAUCUAUCCGUAUCCAAUCAUUGUUCUAUUAUUUAUUCAAAAUAAUUUCUAGUUUAAAAGGAUAGCUAAAACAUGCUUACCGUUACCUUAAUCGAUGUUAACUUCCAUCUUCAAUUGCAUAUUUCUCGUAAAGUUCUGAAGAUAUUCAAGCUACAAAUAGCAGACGUCGCCUGAAAAGAAACAUUUAACAUUGUUUUUCAUUUCAGUAUUUCUUCAUUUUGUAUUUUUUAUUAAUUCAAUAAAAGUCUUUUACUUUAUGUUUUACGUCAAUACAUGAACAGCUUCUGUUUCUAUUUUGACAGUCGUCGCAUACACGAACUUGACUUCCUUUUACAGCGGUUAGCAUGUUCAUCGCUCACGCCACGCUGGUUCAUAGAAGCACUUCGAUGUAUCAAUGACCUUGUCCAUUCAGAAAAAAAAAAGUCCUAUUUCUGCUUUAGCGUUUUGCACGGUUUUGAUAAUGAUUUCACCUAGAGUGAUUGGAUUGCGUUCACUGGAAAGUGAUAUUUUUUUACAAUUCUUGACCGGCGGAAAAAUGCAAAAAAAUUUCUCCAUCAGCGGCAUUUGCUAUAUAAAUAAAAAAGAACGAAAAAUACCGGGUGUUGCAUGGACACUACUGGACACAGAAGAACACCGACUGAUCAUGGCGACAAGACGCAAGCUUAGGAGACUUUCCCUUCGCCAAACGAGAGACUUGAUUUUUUUUUUUUUUAUGAAUACUUGGACCCAUGAUGUAGAUAAUUUAUAACAGUAGUUAUGUUGACCUUGAUGGCCAUGAGUUUCUCUAUUCUCUGGUCGGUUUCGAUCGGUCCAUUCUUUAUUUAUUUACUCUAUUUAUUUUCUCCCCAAAACGACGAUAUACUUUAUGUAAUAAGAAAUUCUAUUUUUUUUUAUUGAUUGAAAUAUUUCUGAAACUUGAACUAGAAUCAAACUUAAACAAUUGAGCAAAAUGUUGCUCGGAUCUUUCUCUGAAAAAAAAAAUGCAUUGCUUUGAAGGGAAAGAAGUUAUUUAUUUAUUUAUUUUUUUCAGUAAAACAACCGUGUCAUACAUAGAACCAUCCUCGGUGACCCAGGGGCAGAUAGUGGGGACGAGGGAAAGUCUAAACGGGCGGAAAAAUAUGACACGAAGAAAAGUAAAGAACGGCGAGAAGAGCCCCUGGGGACAAUGUCUUACCAGACCAGUUCCAACGGUCGCCGCCGUUCUGGCUUCUGAUUGGUGCCAGAAAAACACAAGUUUUCUGGCACCAAUCAGAAGCCAGAACGGGGGCGACCGUUUGGAACUAGUCUGGUAAGACAUUGUCCCCAGGGGCUUUUCUCGCCAUUCUUUACUUUUUUUCGUUCCGUAUAUAUUUUUCCGCCCGUUUAGACUUUCCCUCGCCCCCUUUAUCUGCCCCUGGGUCUCCGAGGAUGACAUAGAACAAGUUCAAAUUUCAUUUUGUCCAUGUUUUCUCGGAAAAUAUAUUCAAAAUUUCAUGUGGUAUUCACGACUUAAAAAAAUGCGAAAAUAAUAAUAAUAAAAAAAACUUCUUGAAAGAUGUAGUGUAAAGAAGUAUUUUUAAGACUGUAGCUUAAUUGGCUUCUUUUUUUCUAUUUAUUUAUUUAUUUGUUUUUUGUUCUAACUCCCUGUCUCCGCGGUCUCCCAGAAAGCUUGAACAGGCUUUUUAAAAUUGACUUCGUUUGAUCAAAUAAACGCCAGGGUGAUCUGCGAACGGACUAUAUAAUAAUUCCCUGGGGUACUUCUUUAUAACAAUCUGUCUCCGUCUCCAGGGGAACUCCUCUAUUGAAGUUUCUGAUAGGAUCAUACAGUUAUGUAGAUUAGCUGCAGAGAUAAUUAACGUUAUUGUCUGCAAAUAGGAGAGACAUUUUAUCCCCAGUUUUUACCCUGACCAGGGUAAUGCAUAUAUGGGAAAUAAGGUAAGGGAUUUAAGGAAUUAUGCAUCGUAUCAUCACCGGCCUUUUUGCAGUACGCUUUAAAAGAUUGGACUAGCAUAAUUUUUGGCACAAUUAGUUACUACGAGCAUAAUUUUCAUCUAUUUUUCGAAAAUAAAGCACUGCUAGCAUAAUUUGCACUUUCUGGUAUAAUUUUGCAGUACAAAAAUUGUCAUUUAUGGAACAUGCAACCAAUGUUUUUAGUCCGAGAUCUGUGUUACAGGCAAAUCUAAGUAACGAAUUCAUUUAUUUGUCUGUGGUUACCUGGGGUAGCGUCCGCGUGUUGGUUGUUUAUUGUUUGAGUUUUUAUACUUGUCAGACAAUGAAUUAAGGACUCUUAAAGUUUCUUGAUGUAAACAGGGUAAAUGAUACUUGUAAAUGAAGCAUUGAGGUGUUUUUUUUUUUACUAAAUUCGAAGUAAAAAGCGAGAAGCUUAAUUUCGGCCUUUUUGUUGUUGUUGUUGUUGUUGUUUUUUCUUUUUUGCUGAAACGAGUUUAAUUUACAAAAACUAACAGAAUUACUGGCAUAAUUUUAGAAAUAUACGAGCACUGCAAGUAGCAUAUCGUGCUACUUUUGCGAGAACAGUCUAUCAAAGCCUAUUUUCCAGGGGCACCCCCUUCCUCCCUCCCUCUCCCCCCUUACUCGUGGUUAUUAAACUUUGCGUGCAUAACUCUUUAACACCCACGAAAUAAAUUCAGUGACACGCUAUGAACCAUGAUUGUUUUGUUUUCAACAGAUUUGAAGAUAGCAGGCAUGAAAAUAUUAUUCAUUAUUUUCGCUAUCAUGUUCCCAGUCGCGUUGAUAACAGAGGAAGAUGUAAAUCAUGGAGGUAAUAACUACGACAAGAAUUCAAUUACGCACCUGCGGAUUGUCACCAUUUUAUUUCAAUUCCGGUCUCUGCUUCAUGUACAGAAAGCCGCUUAACAUUUUUAUUUUUACACUUUCCCUAAAACAUCAUUCCGGGGAUUUAUUCACCAUAAUUUUUACAUCGUCCAUAAAAUUUGCACGAGAAUAGUUUUCAAUUUUUCCUGUGAGUAAGCGGUCAUCAUAAGAGAAAUUGAAGACAAUUUACUUAUGCACGAUUCUUGGGGGUAAACAAGGUGUUUUACGGGCGAUGUAAAAAUUGUGAAUAUGUCUAACAACUUCAUUGUUUUAUUAUCAUUUUUUUCAUUUAAAACUUCAAAAAUUUGCGAUCAGUAUUUCGCAAAAUUUCUUCUUACGUACAGAGUCCUUUCAUGAAUUGCCUUGCUCUAUUUUUUUCUUACUUCAUGUAUUUGAAAAAAGUUUGUAUUUGAGAAAAUCUUGCUAUACAAACCCCUCUUUAAAUCGGACAACCCCCUGGUGUUGGCCCCCGUCAUUGUCCAGUCAUUUGACUUUAAUUAUGCUUUCUAUGAGGCGGAAACCUCUCGAAGAAGGACAACGGACACUUUCAAAACCGUCAACGGUCCCUUGAGAAGUGCUUUAGGUAAUGAAAAAUACCGCAGGACGGAACUGUACUACAUGACAAGUAAUUGCAAUUAAGAUAAGCAAAUUACACACCCAUCCAAAAUACAGUGCGCGUCUUCUCACAGCUCGUAUCUUCUAAACGCCUCGUGGAGAACCUCUUUACCUGUGAAACAGCUAUCUUCUCCGUCUUUUAAUUGAACUCUUUGAGUCUAAUGGGAAUUUCAAAUGGUGAUAUCAAAAACAAACCAUUAUAACUUAGUUUUCAUAUGAUUUAGUACUUAUCAUAGUUAAGUAUUUACAGUGGUGUACUGUAGAACCCCGGCAACUCGAACUCUGAGGGGAAACACAAAACAGUUCGAGUUAGCGAGUUAUCGCGGUCGAUUAAAAAUUCAAUUUACCACGUUGCAGUUAUUUUUUGGUCAAGGGAAAAUAAUUUUAGUUCGAGUUGGCAAGGAAUCCUAGUUUUCCGAGUUCGAGUUGACUUAGUGAAAAUGACUAGAAAGUGGGGUGAAAUCCAAGGGAAAUUGGACUUAGUUUGAGUUAUUAAUGCUCGAGGAGUUCGAGUUACCCGAGUUCGAGUUAUCGGAGUUCUUCUGUAUCACUAUUUGUUUUGCUUGAGUAUAAACUGUUGUUAAAAGAAGCAAAUACUGAAUUUUCAUCACUUUGCAGCCUUGUUCCGAUUCCACAUCUCCAGUACAUUGAUUCGUUUUUUUAAUUGCUUGCACAAGUAAAAACUAUGUGUAUUUAUUGCGAAUAAUUAAGUUUAGCUUUAUUUUCUUGUAAUUACUGGCGCCAUCUUACUUUGACUCUCUAUUACCGGGACGCCUCUCUUUAAUAGACAGAGACUCGGGACGGGUCCUGAAGGUAUCCGUCUUGGAAAGAAUUGACUCAUAAUAAUAAUAAUAAUAAUAAUGAUAAUAAUAAUAAUAAUAAUAAUAAUAAUAAUAAUAAUAAUAAUGAUCAUUAUUCUUAUUAUUUAUGUUAUUAUUAUCGUCAUUGUCAUUAUCGUUAUUGUUUUUUAAUUGGAUUUUUUUUUCUUUCGAAUGUAUAUAUAUUUCUAAUGGAAUGAAUUUUUUCAAUCGAAAUUCAAGUGUCUUUUAAUUUUUUUUAAUCGAAAGGAAUUGUAAAUAGUGCUUUUACUGAAUAGUUUUCUAAGUGAAAUUAGUUGUAAAUAGGAUUUUAUAGUUAGUUUUUGUUGUCAAUAAAAGAUUUGGAUUUUUUAUUAUCAAUCAUUUAU